AUGGCAGGCAAAAAGCGAACUGAAAUCCAGCUCCAGGCGAUCAUCAACAGUCAGAGCCAAUGGGAUGACAUGCUGCAGAACAAAGGUUUAACAGUGAUUGACGUUUACCAAGCCUGGUGUGGCCCUUGCAAAGCUAUGCAGCCUUUAUUCAGGAAACUGAAAAAUGAGCUGAACGAAGAUGAAAUCCUGCAUUUUGUCGUGGCAGAAGCGGACAGCAUUGUGACUCUGCAGUCAUUCAGAGAUAAAUGUGAGCCUCUCUUUCUCUUUAGUCUGAAUGGCAAAAUCGUUGCAAAAGUACAGGGUGCAAAUGCACCACUCGUUAAUAGAAAAGUCAUUAGCUUGAUCAACGAAGAGAGGAAAAUAUUGGAUGGUGAAAUGGUUCGCCCUCAGUACAAUGAAAUUCCACUGUCAGACACAUUAGAAGAGGAUAGUGAGGGAUUAAACUAUGACAGUAUUGGGGAAAAGUAUAAUAUUGCUGUGAUCAAACCUGAUGCUGUGAAUAGCAGAAAAGGUCUACAAAUUAAGACAAAAAUUGCCAAUGCAGGAUAUGACAUAGAAGCAGAGGAGAAAAAGAUAUUCACUGAAGAAGAAGUAAAGACUUUCUUUGGUCAAAUGGCAGAGGAGCCUGACUUUGAAGAGUUUUUGUCCCUUAUGACCACUGGCCUCAGCUAUAUGCUAGUUAUUUCUAUGGGAACAGAAGAUCAGGAUUCCUUUGGGGAGAUUUCAUCUCAAACUAUGAUGGAGGCUAAAGAAUCAUCUGAUUCUCAGAAUGAGAGUGAAUCUCAGCCCACAUCUAGAAUGAUAAAGAAGAAACGAGACAGUCUGCAAGAAUAUCUGGAACGACAGCGUAUAUCUCAGUUUUGUGAGGUUGAGGAUACUCCAAGUAAUGUCACUAAGUUCUUGGACACCUUCUUCCCCAAUUUUAAAGCAAUGCAAAACAUCAAGUUACAAAGAACAUUGGCAUUACUGCGGCCUGAUCUUCUCCAAUAUAGAAAAGAUGAUGUGUUGAGUAUAAUUAAGAAGGAAGGAUUUAAAAUAUUGAUGCAAAGACAACUAGUCUUAUCAGAAGAAGAAGCAAAAACACUGUGCAAAGAAUAUGAAAGUGAAGACUACUAUGAAAAACUUAUACCAUAUAUGACCAGUGGUCCUUCUCUUGCCCUUGUUUUAUUGAGAGAAAAUGGAUUGGAAUACUGGAAACAGCUACUGGGACCAAAAUCUCUUGAUACAGUCAGUGAAUAUGUGCUAGAGAGUUUGUGUGCACAGUUUGCAACAGAAGAAUUGCCCAUCAAUCAGUUAUAUGGAAGCAAUUCCAUCGAGACUGCUGAAGAAGAAAUAGAGCAUUUCUUUCCUCUCACGAGCACACUAGCAGUCAUUAAGCCUCACGUAUCACGUGAACAAAGAGAGGAGAUCUUGAAAAUCAUUAAGGAUUCGGGAUUUGAUCUGACUAUGAUGAAAGAGCUGAUCCUAAGUAAAGAGGACACAGACAAAAUUUAUUUCACAAUCACAGGAAAAGACUUUUAUAAGGACGUGGUGGCAAUAUUUGCUGAGGGCCCAUCUUGGAUCAUGGUUCUGACCAAGUGGAAUGCUGUUUCAGAUUGGAGACAAAUUAUGGGUCCAGUAAAUCCAGAAGAAGCAAAGCUACUGUCCCCAGAUUCCCUCCGGGCUAAAUAUGGAAUCAAUAUUUUGAGGAAUGCUGUCCAUGGAUCAUCAAAUGAUUUAGAUGCAACAAUGUCCAUAGAUAAAAUAUUUGAAACAGAUAGUCCUGAGAUUGCAUAG